AUGAAGCACCAUCUGAUGGUCGGAACCUGGACCGCCCCCGGGCGCAUCUACACCGUCCAGUUCGACGAUGAGGCCCUCACCCUCGACCUGGUCAAGAAGACCGACAUCCCCGAGGCCGAGCCCAUCUCGUGGAUGACCUUUUCGCACGACAAGAAGGCCAUCUAUGGCGCUGCCAUGAAGAAGUGGAACAGCUUCGCCGUCCACAGCCCGACCGAGAUUGUCCACCAGGCGUCUCACCCGGUCGCCGGCCACCCCCUUGCCGCCAGCGCCGACACCAACACCCGCGCCAUCUUCGUGCUGGCCGCCCGCCAAGCGCCCUUCAACGUCUACGGCAACCCCUUCUACAAGCACGCCGGCUUUGGCAACGUCUUCUCCGUCACCCCCGACGGCGCGCUUGACCAGAAUGUCCAGAACUACGAAUACGCCGAGAACACUGGCAUUCACGGCAUGGUCUUCGACCCCACCGAGACCUAUCUCUACUCCGCCGACCUUCAGGCCAACAAGAUCUGGACGCACAAGAAGGACGAGGCCGGCCAACUGACCCUGGUCGACUGCCUGGAGGCGCCCGACCCCGGCGACCACCCGCGCUGGGUCGAGAUGCACCCCAGUGGUAAGUACCUGUACGCCCUGAUGGAGGCUGGCAACCGCUUGGCCGUCUACGUGAUCGACGAGCGCACCCACAAGCCCGUCUUCACCCACAUCACCUACCCGUUGUUGCCGUCUGGUUUGCCACCCCGCAACAAGUACCGCGGCGACGUGACCUUCACCACCCGCAGUGGCGAGUACCUGUUUGCGACCACCCGCUCCAACCACUUCGAUGUGACUGGCUACAUUACCGCGUUCAAGCUGGGUCGGUCCGGCGAGAUCGAGCGCCAGCUCUUCAUCAACCCCACCUCCACCAGCGGCGGCCACUCCAACGCUGUCAGCCCCUGCGAUUUCAGCGACGAGUGGCUCGCCCUGUGCGACGACCAGCUGGGUUUUGUCGAGAUGUAUCGCUGGCGCGACGAGACCCUGGCCCGCGUCGCCCGCGUCGACAUCCCAGAGCAGGGCUUUGGCAUGAAUGCGAUCUGGUACGACUAG